AUGUCUGGGCUGGAGCCCGAUGAUGUUUACUAUCUUGAGUCUCGGAAUUGUCUCAGUGUUCCUACGCCCGACGCCUUAGACCACUUCACUCGAGAGUACUUUCUGCAUGUGCAUCCCGGUCUUCCUUUGUUGGACGAGGCCCAGUUUUGGGCUGUUUACUCUGGUGACAAGGAGCCGUGCGGAGGACCAACGAUCUCACUGUUCUUGUUCCAGGCAAUGCUGUUUGCCUCAUGCAGCACAUCUGUUCUGGCAGGGACCUCGUGUCUAAUGCACAAGGGGCAUUACUACUAA